GUUUAUCGUUAAAAACAAUGUGUAUAUCAGUUUUUAUUUAUUACCAACACCAUGUGUAACAGGCAUUGACAUGACUAUUACUAUAUAUCAUAGAUAUUAAUUUAUAUAAAAUAAAGAGACCUAAUGUGAAUUUCAUCAGUUAAUUUUAAGCAAUACGAGUGCAUAGUAAUAAUGUCUGACAUGAGUGUACAAAAUUCGGCCGAUGAAGAAAUCAAUGAUCAUUAUUCAUAUCGAAAAAAUGUGCAAAUGCAGAAUUCUAAAAAACCCAAAAUCACUAUGAAAGCUAAACCAAAAAAACAGAAAUUAAUAAUGGUCAACACAAGCGAUCAAAAUUCAGAUGAUGAAGAAAUUGAUGUAUGUGCACCGGAACUUUAUAAUCAUCGGAAAAAUGAGCAAAUGCAGAAUUCUAAAAAACCUGAAACCGUUAUAAAACCUAAACCAAAAAAACAGAAAUUUCAGUCGCAUUUAUUAAAACUGGAACAAGAAUAUAAUGGUUUAACAACUAUGGUUAAUGAAAACUGCAUACGCGUAAAAAAAUCAGAUGGUGGAAAUUUUUGUAUCAAAAUACCCGAAAUCAAAACAGCAAGUGAUUAUUUGGUUAUUCAAAAAUACAAAACAUCGGACAUGGAAAAAGUAGAGUCAAAAGACAGAUGGAAAACCUCAACGUUCAACGCAAAAACUAUGCUGAACGAAAAAGAUAAAGCUGACAAUACAAUAAUAUCGGCAUUUAAUAAUUUGCAAGAUUUAUUAAUGGAUAAAUUUAUGUGUAACAACAACAAAAAAAUUGAAUCUUAUAAAUAAUAACUAUAUGUUUAUAUUAUUAUAGUUUCACUAAAUGAAACCCGUCAUUAAUAUUUGUGUAUUUUUUAUUUAUUACCAAACGGUUAAAAUAUUUGUAUUCAAUUUUAUUUUAGAAAGCUUACAUUUGAUUCAAUAAUUUAUACAAUAUGAUUAUAUUAUGGAAAAUAUUUUGGUUUAUUUUAACCAGUUAACAUUUAAGAUUAUUUAUAAUAUAUAAUAUAUUAAUUAUAUUAU